UUACCGGAAGCUGAAGAGGGAAGUCAGUGGAGUCGCGUUGGCGUUUCUAUCAGCCGACGCUCGAGCGCAGAGCAGACGCCGAGCCUGUUCGCCGACUUCAGGAGUAGGACAUGAUAAGGUCUCCACCAUGGACACAGAGAUGAUGCCGAAAUUCUCCUCGAAAGACGAGGAAAUCGAUUACUGGAAGUGCUUGUCUCUGAAAUACAAGAAGAGUUGUCAUGACGCUCAGGAGGAGCUGCAGGAGUUCCAGGAGGGCAGUCGAGAGCUGGAGGCCGAGCUGGAGGCUCAGCUGGGUCAGGCUGAACACCGCAUCCGAGAUCUGCAGUCAGAGAACCAGAGGCUGAAGAGCGAGGUGGACACACUCAAGGAGAAACUGGAGCAGCAGUACAUGCAGAGCUAUAAGCAGAUCUCCAUGCUGGAGGACGACCUGGUCCAAACGCGCGGCAUCAAGGAGCAGCUGCACAAAUAUGUCAGGGAGCUGGAGCAGGCCAACGACGACCUGGAGAGAGCUAAGAGGGCCACCAUCACAUCUCUGGAGGACUUUGAACAGAGGCUAAACCAGGCGAUAGAGCGGAACGCCUUCCUGGAGAGUGAACUGGACGAGAAGGAGUCUCUGCUGGUCUCAGUGCAGAGGCUGAAAGAUGAAGCUAGAGAUUUGAGGCAAGAGUUGGCAGUUCGAGAGAGGACUUCAGAUGUUGCAAGGAUGUCGGCCCCCAGCUCUCCCACACUAGACAUUGAUAAGACAGACUCAGCAGUGCAGGCCUCCCUGUCCCUCCCAGCCACACCUGUGGGGAAAAACAUGGAGCAUCCUUUCAUUGCUUCCAAAGCAUUGACCAAUGGCUGUGGAAACUCCCCCCUCACACCGUCUGCACGGAUCUCAGCCCUUAACAUUGUUGGUGAUCUACUGCGGAAAGUUGGGGCUCUUGAGUCUAAACUAGCUGCUUGUAGGAACUUUGCCAAGGACCAGGCAGCAAGGAAAAAUUACGCAACAGGAAAUGGAAACCUCAUCAACAGCAACGCAACCAAGUUCUCUCAUUCGCUCCACACUACGUAUUUUGACAAGACGAAUAUGAAUGGCCUGGAUCCUCUGACAGCCAUGGCUUCCCCGCGGACCGUGUCUCCUCCCGGCAUGCUCCCUCUCAGCGUGUGA